GAGUAUCCGCGCAUUUAAUCCAAGCCUCUCCUUUUUUUUUUGUGCCUGUCGGCCUUUUUUAUUCUUUUCCUUUUUUUGUACCGCCGCGCGCCAUCUUUGCGCGCCGCUGUUGUACUCGAAGCUUGCUUGAGCUUUUGGGAGCUUUGAGCUCGUCCCCGUAGCCGCCCUCGUACAUAUUCUUCACAACCAGCCACGAAUUAUCGUCAUCGUCAUUAUUUAUCCGUCACUUCACAUUCCGCUCUAGCGAGCACGACGCGACUGUGGUUUGCUUUUAACAUAAUCACCGUCGCGAUGGCCUAUACCCGCCUGUCGUUCCGAUACCGUUUUCCAUUUAAUUCAGCCGUCGUCUUGCCAUUAUCUGAUCGCCGAUUACUGACCCAACGCUUCUGAUUGCGCAGAAUUAUUGAAUCCAGGCUCCCGAGGUCUCAAGAGAAGUCGUUCUCCGGACUCUUACCACGACGCGCCGUUGUCUGAGAUUCCCGGAGAUGAUGGUGAUUCGAAGCAACCUAGAAAACGCGGUCGACCGAUGAAAUCGCGAAUUUCUGGUGACCUCCCGGAACCACCGAAUCAGACUCAAAUCCCGCCUCCUCCGCCUCCCGCUCAAAUGUCGCAGUCAAUACCACCACAUACUCCCCAAUCUCAGAAUGCCCCGCUACCUGGACAGCCCGGUGCUUAUACUCCGGCUCAAGCAUCACCUCCGCCGAAGACCACGCCCACCAAGACCACCUUGAAGGCGCUACCGACAGUGCGCGAUCAUACUACGGACCAGCUCGGACCUGGUGGUGAUGAAUACCUGCCGCGCGAAAUUGACGAUUCCGGCGAGAAGAAGGUUAUGCCCAACGGCCAGCUACUAGGAGGGCGAGAGUAUAGAUGUCGAACCUUCCUUGUCCCUAACCGUGGUGACAAGUUAUUUAUGCUCGCUACGGAAUGCGCGAGAGUUCUAGGAUAUAGAGAUUCUUACUUGCUCUUCAAUAAGAACCGGUCCCUCUUUAAGAUCAUUGCGAAUCAAGUAGAAAAGGACGAUCUUGUAACGCAAGAGAUACUUCCAUUCUCGUACAGGUCGAGGCAGAUAGCUAUAGUCACAGCGCGAUCCAUGUUUCGCCAGUUCGGGAGCAGAGUCAUAGUUAACGGACGGAGAGUACGAGAUGAUUACUGGGAGCAGAAGGCGAGGAAGCAGGGUUUCACGGAGGCCGACCUUGCAGGAGAGAAGAGACCAGGCGCGUCUAAGGCCAGAGAAGCAGCAGCUGAGGCGAAUAGCAAUAUGGCGUCCCUCCCAGGAGCCCCUCACGGUGAGAUUGUAUAUGCGAAUACUCCCCAAUUCGGCGGUGCUCCGCAACCCCUUGUUCAACCAGGUAUGAUGGGACCGCCAGGAAGCUCGACCAGAAUGCCCAUGAUAACAGUAGGACCAGAUCUAAACGAUACAAGGACUCGAGAUUAUAGCAAUUUCAUCAAAGGUGGCCCUCGACAGGAGAUUACCGGCCCGGCUUACCAGGAUAGGACGCAGUCCAGUCCCAUAUCGGAAAUAAACCAACAGGCACACCAUGCUGCCGAAUACAAUCGAAGCGUCAACCAACAGCGCGAUAUGCGGACCGACUACAUGAACAACUUAUGGCGGAGACCUCAUGAGCAGCCGCCGACUACUCAACCCGUGACGACCGAGCCUUCCCUACCCACGACGCGUCCCGGCCAGUCGCCUCACGCCGCGCCGGCGAGUAUGCAGCCAUCCGGCAUCGUACCGAACCAGAGCCCGCAGAUGAUGAUGACCGCACCUCCUUACUCGCAGCCCAUCCACUCGCAGCAGCCGAUCAGCCAGCCGCCGAUGCGGGGAAUCCCCCAACCAUCUUCCCAGAAGCAGUCGAGACCCUCCAAUAUCCAGCCUGGUGCUUCCGGCAACAUGUCUCAAGGGGCCCCGGCAUACAACUACGGCUCUUCGAACCAGAUGUGGGGGCCUCCCCAAACACCCCAAACGCCUCAGCAUUAUCAGGGGUAUACAACUCAGUCGCAACAGUCGCCUCACCCUCAGCAGUCGCCAGCUCCGCAGCUGCGUCACUCGGGAGGCACUCCCCAGAUGCAGCCCAGCACUAUGCAGUACCACGGGAUGCCAGGGAUAGGACAGAGUUAUCCCAACCCGGGCCAAGGCAUGUACCCCCCUGAGCAGACACCAAGGCAGUUUAUGCCCCAAAACCCUGGGCCUGGACCAGCCGUGACGUCGGCAUGGAAUACCCCGCAGACUUCAGCUGCCCAGACGUGGUGGGCGAGCCAGCCUCAGUGAUGAUAUUCAGACUUUUCAGUUCAUAAAUCAGAGCCACUUCAAACCCAGUUUGUGGCAACACUGUCACUUACAUCUAGGCCACCUUUCGCGCUCUGUACGUUUAUGCGAGGGAGGCCUGAAACAUAACCACCUUUAUUUUAUUUUAUAACUUUCACACCUUCGGGAUGGUUUUUUGAUUUGAUGGGACUAUAAACCUGCUUGCACUAUUUGGCCUAGCUCGGCAAUAGAGGAGUAGGAGAAUCUUUGGUCGCAUUUUUG